AUGCCUUCUUGCGAACGCAUAGUUUCAUAUUAUGGAUUUUUGGAAUUGGAAUUUAAGAGUUUCAUUUUCAUGGAAUACAUCGAAGAAGGAUCCCUAAGGAAGUAUAUGUCUACCAAUGGUCGACUAAACAUUGAUAUGAUUAAACAUUUUACAAGACAAAUACUUCAAGGCGUUCAAUACCUUCAUGGAUUAGAAUGUGUCCAUAGAGAUAUAAAACCCGAAAAUGUACUCAUAAAAAGCAAAAACAUUAAACUGGCAGACUUUGGAUUAGCAAGGUUUUUUGAGGAGAUUUCCAAAACAUAUACUGCAUUUACUGGAACAAUAAGAUAUAUGGCCCCUGAAGUAUUUGAAAAGGGCAAGAGCAAUUCCAAGUCUGUGGAUAUAUGGGCGACUGGUUUUGUUGUUUUGGAAAUGACUACUUGUGAUAUUCCCUUUUCUAAAAUAGAAAAAUUUCCUUUACAAGGACUUAUGAGCAGGGACAGUCUUACACCACUUGAUAAGCAGUACUUGGAUGCAGAAUUACCCAAAGAGACAGAAAACUUUCUUUCUAAACUAUUCACAUUCGAUGCUAAAAAGAGGCCAACAGCAUCAAUUCUUUUGAAGGAUACAUUUCUAAAUGUUUUAAUGAAAGAACACAUGGGAACUCAAACAAGCGCUGAUUGUGCAGAUGGAAAUUCGCAAAUUAUUUCAUCAGAAGAUAUUGAAGAGCCAAGUACUUCAUCUAAUAAUGAAACCAUCGGAUCGCAAAAGAGAAUAGAGCAAGGAGACUUUCCAAAACAAAUAAAACACAAGUUUACACAAACAAUAGACAGCCAUGCUGCUACAAAAAGAAAGUUGACAACGCCAACAACUUCUAUUACUAAGAACCAUAUAGAAGAGAUGACAAAAAACAGCAACACAAUUAUUCUUAUAGGCAGGCAGAGUGAUUUAUUUAGCCACAUUCUUACUUGA